GACGCCCCUCCCCUUUCCCUUCCCAACUCCGACCGCGCCGCUUCCCUCGGACGGAGAACCCAACAGCGCCUCCGUCUCCGUCCCCGCCAUGGCCUCGUCCGCCGGCCCCGCCGCCGCCUCUUCGGCCGCCCCGAGCCCCGCCCUGCAGCGCGGCAUCGUCAAGAUGGUUCUUUCUGGCUGUGCCAUCAUAGUUCGAGGCCAGCCCCGCGGAGGACCACCUCCUGAGAGGCAGAUCAACCUCAGCAACAUUCGGGCUGGAAACCUUGCACGCCGGGCAGCUGCAGGACAGCCAGAUAGCAAGGAUACACCGGAUGAGCCCUGGGGAUUUCCAGCCCGUGAAUUCCUGCGGAAGAAGCUCAUUGGGAAGGAGGUUUGCUUCACGGUGGAGUACAAGACCCCCCAAGGCCGGGAGUAUGGGAUGGUGUAUCUGGGGAAAGACACUGCAGGGGAGAACAUCGCAGAGUCGCUCGUGACAGAAGGGCUGGCCAGUCGUCGGGAAGGGAUGCGGGGCAAUAACCCUGAACAGAAUAGAUUGGCUGAGCUGGAGGAACAGGCCAGGAUUGCCAAGAAGGGGAUGUGGAGUGAUGGGACUGGUUCACACACCAUCCGAGACCUCAAAUACACCAUUGAGAAUCCCCGCCACUUUGUGGACUCCAUUCACCAGAAGCCUGUGAAUGCCAUCAUCGAACACGUCCGGGACGGCAGUGUGGUCCGAGCUCUGCUUCUUCCCGACAACUACCUGGUCACAGUCAUGCUUUCGGGAAUCAAGUGCCCCACAUUCAAGCGGGAAGCGGACGGCACAGAAACUCCGGAGCCAUUUGCAGCAGAAGCCAAGUUCUUCACGGAGUCCCGGCUGCUGCAGCGGGAUGUGCAGAUAGUCCUGGAAAGCUGCCACAACCAGAAUAUCCUGGGCACCAUCCUCCAUCCGAACGGGAACAUCACAGAACUGCUCCUGAAGGAAGGGUUUGCGCGCUGCGUUGACUGGUCCAUUGCUGUUUACACCCGAGGAGCUGAGAAGCUGCGAGCUGCUGAAAGACAUGCCAAAGAGCGCAAGCUGAGGAUCUGGAGAGACUACGUGGCCCCAACAGCCAACCUGGACCAGAAGGACAAACAGUUUGUGGCCAAGGUGAUGCAGGUGCUCAAUGCGGAUGCCAUUGUGGUGAAACUCAACUCUGGCGACUACAAAACGGUCCACCUCUCCAGCAUUCGGCCUCCUAGGCUGGAAGGCGAAGGCACCCAGGACAAGAACCGGAAGCUCCGUCCCCUUUAUGACAUCCCCUACAUGUUCGAGGCCCGAGAGUUUCUACGCAAGAAGCUGAUUGGGAAGAAGGUGAAUGUCACAGUGGACUACAUCCGGCCAGCCAGCAGUGCAACAGACACAGCUCCUGCCUUCUCAGAGCGCACCUGUGCCACGGUCACCAUAGGCGGCAUCAACAUUGCAGAAGCCUUGGUCAGCAAGGGACUGGCUAUGGUCAUCCGCUACCGCCAAGACGAUGACCAGCGUUCCUCGCACUACGAUGAGCUGCUGGCAGCCGAGGCCCGGGCUAUAAAGAAUGGGAAAGGACUGCACAGCAAGAAGGAGGUCCCAAUCCACCGGGUGGCUGACAUCUCUGGGGACACGCAGAAGGCCAAGCAGUUCCUGCCGUUCUUGCAGCGGGCUGGCCGCUCAGAGGCCGUGGUGGAGUACGUCUUCAGUGGCUCCCGCCUGAAGCUGUACAUGCCAAAGGAAACCUGCCUGAUCACCUUCCUGCUUGCAGGCAUCGAAUGUCCCCGUGGAGCACGAAACCUGCCAGGAUUGGUCCAGGAGGGGGAGCCCUUCAGCGAGGAGGCCACACUCUUCACCAAGGAACUGGUGCUGCAGCGAGAGGUAGAGGUGGAGGUGGAAAGCAUGGAUAAAGCCGGGAACUUCAUUGGCUGGCUGCACAUUGAGGGCGUCAACCUCUCCGUGGCCCUGGUGGAGCAAGCGCUGUCCAAGGUGCACUUCACGGCGGAGCGCAGCAACUACUACAAGCCCCUGGUGGCUGCAGAGGAGGCCGCCAAGCAGAAGAAGGAGAAGGUGUGGUCCCAGUAUGAAGAGGCCCCUGUGGAGGACAUGGUGCUGGUGCCAGAGGAGAAGGAGCGCACCACCAACUACAAGCCGGUCUUUGUCACUGAGAUCACUGACGGCCUCCACUUCUAUGUGCAGGAUGUGGAGACAGGGACACAGCUGGAGAAGCUGAUGGAGACCAUGCGGAGUGAGAUUGCCACCCACCCUCCUGUCGAGGGCUCUUACACGCCACGCCGCGGAGACUACUGCAUCGCCAAGUUUGUCGACGGAGAGUGGUACCGAGCGCGUGUGGAGAAGGUGGAGUCUCCCGCCAACGUGCACGUCUUCUACAUCGACUAUGGCAAUAAGGAGACGCUGCCCUCCGCCCGCCUGGCCACCCUGCCGCCUGCAUUUGGCACCCGCAUCCUGCCUGCUCAAGCCACCGAGUACAAGUUCGCCUUCAUCCAAGUGCCCCAGGAUGAGGAGGCCCGGGCAGAUGCCGUGGACAGCGUGGUGCGAGACAUCCAGAACACGCAGUGCCUGCUGAAUGUGGAGCAUGCUGGGCCCAGCUGCCCCCACGUCACCCUGCAGUUUGCCGACUCCAAGGGCGACGUUGGGCUGGGGCUGGUGAAGGAGGGUUUGGUCAUGGUGGAGGCACGCAAGGAGAAGCAGUUCCAGAAAAUGAUCACUGAAUACCUGAACGCCCAGGAGGCUGCCAAGAGUGCCCGGCUGAACUUGUGGCGCUACGGUGACUUCCGUGCUGACGACGCCGACGAGUUUGGCUACAGCCGCUAAGUGACAAUCCGGGCAGCCCUUCCAGGUCUCAGCCAUGCACACCCCUCUCUGAACGCCUAGCACUGUCCUGCAUCUGAAGCCUCGCGCAGGACUCUGGGGUGGAGAGGGCCUUUCUGUCCAACUUCAGGAGCAAUGGAUGCGGCAGCCCUGGCAUGUGGGGGAAGGGGACUUCUCUGCCCCCCCCCCGGCCAAGCCUGCCCCCUCCUCUGGGCGGCGGCAGCAGCAGCAGCAGUAGGAGGAGGGGAUGGUCCUUGUGAUGCUUUGGAAGCCAAUAAAAGUAGUCAGAAGCUGGC